UAGGAAUCGUGGCUAAGUACCUUCAAGAUUCGGAAUCUUUACCGAGGAGUGUUAUAGUCGAAUUACAUUAAACCGAUUGUGCUCCACCAGGUGUUCUAAACACCUGCUUCUCAAGCCAAAGCAUAGUGGUGUGCAGUUAUGGAGGGAAAUCAAGACUCCAGAUUCACAGGCCCAAAUGUUGUCAGUAUCACAGCUGAACUGAAGGAUGACAUGUUCUUCAAGCUUAUUGAUGAUUUCCUUGGAUCUCAGACUGGAGAAGGCUUAGAGCUUGAUGAAAAGCCAUGCAAAAAUCGUUUCUUGGUUCAAGUUGGACUGAUGAGAGAGACCAGUGAAAUUCCAUGGACAAACCUAAUAAAAUGGCUCAAGAAAAUAUUCCCUGUGUUUCAGUCAGCUGAUUUCCGUUGUUUGAUUGAAAGGAACAUUACAACGGCUUUAAGUUUAACAGGAGAAGCAAGGGAAUCUUUUCUUGACUCAGAUGUUAACUUUGAGUUUGUGGGUCCCAUAUGUGAUAGCAUUGGUAUUGGAAGAACAGAUUUACUGGAAAUGUCAGAUUUUUCUGAUCGUGCUGGACUUACUGAUGUCACAAAUGGUUUGAUAUUAGAGUUGACAGAAUUUGUCUCGAGAGAAAAAAUUGAUCCAGUUGUACUUGUGUCAUGGCUUCGGAAUUUUGAUCCCCAGUUCUGCAGAGAUGGUAAAACUCAGAAAGCUAAUAAACUCCUACAGUCAAAGCUGAAGAAAUUUAGAAUACAUUACCGUAACUACCAGAGAAGCAGAUUUAGGAAUAGCGGAAUGAUGGAUGAAUUCCUUCAAAGCCCUUUUGACCUCAGCCCUAGCUUGACUGAUGCUGAAAUAAGAAGAUCAUCCCUUAAACGGCAUUUAAAGAGGAAAUGUCUUCUUUCCAGAUACAGUCACAAAAAAGCUGUGAAAGCUAUCAAGGCGGAAAGUGUACCUUUUGAUGUAUCAGAUCAAGCAGAAGAUUGCGCUUUCCUCCGUCCUAGUGGUGGUGCAAAUGACCAGGGCAUCACAGGGUUUUUGCAGCUGCAGGUAAAGACAGAGCCAAGUGAUAUUCUUGAGCCUUGCCAAACACCCAGCUUGUUAAUUGUCAAAGAGGAACAUGACCCUCUCAGUAUUGAAAGCCAGCAACCUCAAAUACAAGCAUCUGCUGAUUUGACGGAAGUCCUCAAAGUUGACACUGGUGAUUGCCUAACUCUUCUUGAUGUGUCAGUGUUGUCUUUACAGAAGCUGUCCAGUAUGUAUGGUGGGAAAUCUGAUGAAUGUAAGAUGGUGUCAUUGGACCUUUUGAAAAACCAGUAUUUUCUAGUUUUACGAGAGGAUGCUUACAUGAAAGCCCUGGAUGAAAAAGUCACAUCUCUGAUGAAUGCCCACUCAUUAGUAGCCCCUCUGAAUUUUCUACACCACAAUACCCAUUUCCUUCUUGACCUCAGUGAUGCAGUUGAACAGCAGAUGAUGGCGUUUGAAAGAGAAAUUGUAUACACUACAGGGGAGAAGCUUGGACGUGACAAAAGCCCCAAAUUUCAUGGCUUUGUGAAUUUUAACGAGAGUGCUGUGACUCGUUACAUACGUAUGGCCUGUGAAAUCCUGUGCCCUCGGAAGGAGACAACCAAUAAUUAUAGAAGGCACUGGCUUGCUUUUUGUAUUGAGAGACACAACCCCUCUAAACUGCCUGUCAAUCAGUCAAAUCGAUACAUUAACUUUUAUGAAGCAGCUGCUGGCCUGGUUCACCAUUACAAUGAUGCUGCCCUAUUCUUUUCAGACCUUCAGAUGAUGAGGGAUGAGCCUAAUAUCAUACUGGACAGUGUGAAUGAUGAUGCCACUGAUGAAGCACUGCAGGCUCUUGUCUCUGUACUUGCUGUAUUCUACUGCAAGAUCUUGGGACCUUACUGGCAACUUCUGAAGAGCAGCGCGCAGUACUCACAUUACAGCAGAUAUGUUCUCUUCCUUUACCAGAGAGUCCUGCAGUGGUCCAAAGAUGCAUCCCCCCUUCUCCUACCUGAUACUGCAGCUAAUGUCUUUCUCCAAGUCCCUCUACAACAGAAGACUUUCGAGGGAGUGUUUGCAUUUUGCAGUUUGAAUGCAGAGAACCAGUAUGGUGUCCUAAUAAAGGCCUGCUUGGAGAAGGUCAUGAAGGUCACUGCAGCAGUCAUUGAGGAAAACCUCAAGGAUUUUUUGCCUGGGGGGAUGUACUGUGAAGAGCCAUCCUUGGAGGUAGCCAAAGAGUUGGCAAUCUACUCUUUUUCGUUCUUGAUGAAUGAGUAUCCAUUUGGUCACACCUACCCCUUCAAAAAAAAGAGACCAGACCUGUCCAGUAUGCCAACACAGAACAGCUCCUCAGAUCUAGCCAAAAAGUCACCCACUGCUCUGCAAAAGGGCCUUUCCUCACAUGUGUACAAAAGCUCUGAAGUCUUAGAGGAAACCAUAUCACUAGGACCAAGCAUCAUGUUGGCACAAAAAAUGAGUCAUCCCACUAGCAAAAUAAAAGUGAAAAAACACAAAAAGCCAGCGCCAUUAGAAAUGAGAGGGAAUAGUCCAAAUAUGGAUGACAUGCUAGACGUAACUAGCAGAAGCUCAAUUCUUGCAACUGUUGCUAAAAAUGGGGGACCUUGUACAACAAAGCAAGACGUUGACCGACUGCUUGCAAAACUGGAAGGAACAAGUCACGCUCAAAAAAGGGAAGCGAUCAGAUGUGAACUAAGUUACCAAAAGUGGGUCCUUGGCUCCAAAAACAAACACCUAAAUCAUUUGGGAUUUUCUCUUACCGAUAUGGUCUCAAAAUUGAAAGUCGUUCUCCCGACUGAGGAAUGCUCAACAAGCCCAAACACCAAACCGAAGUCACCACUUAAGGUCCUGGUGAGCAAUGUUGAAAGCAGCACAGAGCUGGAAAAUCAGAAUUCUCUGGUUGAAACCAUUUCUUCAUCUUUGGAACAAAAAGAAACAUGCUCAAAACAACUCUCCGGUCAUUACCAGGCUAACAAGGGCAUCGACCUAGAAAACAGGAAUAAAGGGGAGGUCAUCUUUCAAAGUUACAGGGAAAAAUUUGACCAAUUUCCAUCUCUUUCUUAGUGUAAGGAAUGAUGUGUCAAAUCAAUGAUAUGUUGUUUGGUGCCCCACAAGUUCAUUAUAUUUUUUUAUAUGUUUGGAGAUGUGUUAGACCAUAUGUUAAAGCUACCUUCUACCUGGAAUCAUGUGGUUUUUGUCCAGUUCCUUAUAUGUUCUGCCUUGUACCGAUCAUCUUCAUUUUUUUCAAGACU